GCGCUAACAUGCCGCCGUCACAAUCACUGACCGGACAGCGAUCAGCACAGCCGCCAGCUGCUGCGCCUCAUUUUAAAGCCGUUCUCGCACCACUUCCCGUAGGAGGUUGGGCGGGUGCCGGGUGGGCAAGCAAACUAUUGUUUGACAACGCACGUAUGGGAGGUUGGAGCACUGAUUCUCUGGAUUCCAUAGUCGCACCAAACCUUCUUCUUGAUACCUACGGAUCCGUACCUCUCUCUGCACGCAUGCGGGCAAGCAAACGGCAUGCACGCACGCAUGUCAGUCCGGCCGUCGCACGACAUAUCACAACACGCCACUGUACAUUUAACUUGGGACGUUUAUGAGCUUUAGUAUUACAUGAUCUGUCACUCUUAGCGGGACCCUUUAAGAAGUCCUAGUCAUGUGAUACGAUAUCUGAUUGUUUCGAAUGACUCA